AUGCCUUCUUUCAACAACGAGGAAAGGACAAUCCCAACUCAAGGCACACUCAAACCCUCUCAAUCGUCCACUACCACAAGACUUGAUGUCAACACGCGUGAUUCCAAUCAUCACAUACGUUCGGAAACGACAUCUUCCUACACAGUUUCAAAUGUUUCCAACAAACUGCCAACAAAAAGUGACUUUGAAAGGUCUUUGAAGCCAACAACAGUAACAUCCCGUACCUCCGACCAUCAGCAGCAACCUCUGAUGGACAAGUGGAAAGUGCACUUUAAUUCUCAGCACUCUCUGCAACCACAACAAUUUUCAAAUUUAGAUCCACUCACUUACCGUUUCUUUAAUAACGGCUCCACCAUUCCCAUCAGUAAUAUUCUGCAAAAUCAAGCCUCCAACAUUGAUGGACAAUAUCCUUCCACAUUGCCAUUUCAACAAUGCGCGGUGAGAGAGUCCAAUAGCACUAUACAGCAAAAUGUUCAAAUUCAUGAAUUAGUACAAAUCAGACCAAAUGAAACGCGACUUGAGCCAAUACUGCACCAGCAGGAGCCAAAUGAAGAAAUUUUACCCAGGUUCGCCGACGAAGAUAUGACGAAAAACAUGUCUUCCUUACAAGCAAAUUCAGAGGUAUGCAAGACAUAUGCAUCUUCAAGCUUGGCUGGGAGUAAUACACCAAUAGGUGAGGAAAUUUUGCGACAUCCAAUUUCAUGUGAAAGGUGUCGUAAAAGACAUACAAAAUGUGACAAAAUUCUUCCUAUGUGCAUUUAUUGCAAGUCAAAUGGUUUGGAAUGCAUUUAUAUGACGCCUAAGAAAUUGAGGAAAAAUUAUAUUUCAGAAAGUGUAGAUUUGAAUAAGAUGGAUGAUAGUGGUGUCAUACAAAGUGGUAUUGGUGCCAACCAUAAGUCUUCAUCAACAACCAAUGUUCAUCCUCCAUCAAAGUUUAAAGUCUAUAAAUUUAGUUUAAACGGUAAAAAAUCAAGAAAGAAAAAACAAAAUGAAAAUGUCUCAUCAAUAUCCGAAAGUAAUACAACUAUGGCUGCACCUAUCAGUAGUAUUAAUACGAGUAACAGUAGUGAAAGUGUUAGCAAUCAACCCCUAACCAAUUUGGAAAAAGUUGAUGGGUCUUCUUCAAAAUCAUUAUUAAUGCAAUAUUCUGAUUCUGAUAUUCACAUGCUUUUGAAGAGCUUGAGGACAGGAAUUUAUGAAUAUUAUUCAUGCUAUAUUGCAUUUGGAACUACAUUUGUAUCACUCAAAACGAUUGAGAAUGUUUUUUCUCAAACCAGUAAUGAUGACAUACCAUAUAGAAUGGUAUUAUACCCCGAUGAUGUUAUGGCAUUAUUGUAUGCCAUACAUGCAUUGAACGCUUUUUCAUUCCAAAAACACGAUAUUUCAACCAAAAGCUUUCAAAGAUGUCUUGAACUAUUGCAGUAUGACUCUUCUUCAGUUGAGAAUAUUUUAUAUUCCACUGGAUUAUUUACACAGAUGGAAUCUAGUGCCAAUUUGUUGUGUCUUUCGAAUUCUCCCGAGCAAUCACUAUCCAUGUACUUUACUAACACUAAUAGAGAUGAAUCAUCAUUAUUUCUUAUUGGAACAAGACUUGUUCUUGUGCAAUAUAGUCUGUGCUUGGGGAAGAUAGAGGCGGCAUCUUUUUUUAUGAGUGAAGCAGAUUUAAUGUUAGGACGAAGAUUCAAAGUGUUCAAAGACAAAUCGUUUUUGCCAAUAUUUAUUAAUGAGAAUGGUGAUGUUCGUAUUAACUCUCUGUUUGAUGGUUGUACAUUUGAUGAGGCUUCUGUGUUGAGGUAUAGACUAAUUUGUGGCGUAAAACUUGAUGACGUAAGAUUUUUAAUAGAAAAAGGAAUGGAAUAUAUUGAUUUUGAGGGAGUGGUAUCAGAGUUCAAAUCGUAUUCAAGAACUAGCUCUGUAUUAGGAGAUGAUAUCCGAUUUUUAUUUAAUUCAUUUGUAAAUAGAUACAUACUUAGCACGUACCUUUUUAUAACAGGAUCAGUGACAUCAGAAAUUCUAGAUCUGCUAUCUGCUCCAAUUGUGCUCUCAGAGACAUCUCCUUUUUCCAUAAUGAAGAUUUUAGAUUUUGCAAAUACCCAAUUAGAACAAGGAACUUUAGCCUUUUUUUCACCUAACACUCCUGCAAGUUUUCAAGUAUUAGAGCAGAGCGGAGAAAGCUCACUAUCUAUAACUGAAGUACAUGAUUACUACAAGCUUCUAGGCAUAUUUCGAACCAUAUUUAUUGCAAGUUAUAGCAUGCUUGUUUUACAUGAGACAGUAUUGAAUUUUACAAAUCCUUUAAUUUUACAUCCAACUAAUAUUACUCGUCACUUGAAAAUUACUAUUGAACAAAUUGAAAGGUUGGAAAAAUAUCGAAAUGGAUUUGCAGAUCGAUUAAGUGAUCUGUUUGCUUCUCUUCCUGAUUAUACCAUACAAUAUAUCAGCUUGCUAGUGAUGGCAGUAUUUACUUCAUGUAAGAUUCAUAUAGACAUGCUGAAACAAGUCGACACCAACCAAGAGACACGCCAUGUUGAUCCAAUUCUCAUAAGGCGAGCAAAGAGUGACCUUCGCGUGCUCAAUAUUUUAAACACCAAAUUUCCUGAACUAUUUCGAACGAAGGCAAUUAAGGAUUUUCUGACCGAAUCAGAGAAGAUUUUUCAAUCUCAAUAA